AUGGAGAAACUGAUGGUGGAGAAAUUGGCAACGAUGUUUUCAGUGAGCAAUGUGACGAGCGAGAGCCCGUUUUUCGAGUCGAGAGAGCGAUUUCGAUUCGAAAUUCAAACGGACUUGGCACAGUGCUUUCAGAACAUCCCGACUGACUUAAAUGGAGGGAUCAAUCGGCAGAGCUGCAGAAGGACUAAAAAGGGACAGCUUCAGUGCAGAUACGACUGUGAUUCUAGCCUCCUAGAUCAUUCGAGCGACGUUUCCUGCAAAUGUUCCGAAUCAAUCGCCGGCGUCAACUUUAACAUCCCCUGCGAGUGGUCUGGUUUUCCUCACUGUGCGCAAAAGACGGCAAAGAGGGUGGAAAAGACGCCCUGUGGAGAGAUUUCAGAAGAGAAUGGAAAUUGGGGAUGCUCGGAUGAAAACGAAUGCCAGCUAAAAUGCAAGAAAGGAUAUAAAUUGGCGGAGUCGUCUAUUUCCCGCAGAAAAUGCAGUUGCAAUCGGCACGGCUGUCGCUGGAGUCAAAGUUUCUAUUCAAAAUCGAAAUCCGAUGAGUCUGAAAAUUCGCCACGUGACUCUGCAAAGAGUUCAACGGAGAUAGUGACGAGCGAGUGUGUCAAGGAAAAUGAAAGAGAUUUCCGCUGCGACGCGCCCUAUCAUCCAGUCGGCCAAAACAAGUGCACGGGAAUGGAACAUGGCGAUCAGUGCGAACUGGAGUGUCCUGAUGGUUUUGUCAAAGAACAGCAUGGCGUAAAAGAAUGCGUCUGCGAUCGAGGAGGCGCUUGCUCGUGGACUGGUGAUGCUGGAACUUGCACUGCCGAUCUUGGAGAACUUAAUCAUUUUUUCGAAACCUUUAAUUUAGAUAAUUCUCUUUUGCACAGGAAGAAAUGCAAGGAGCUGCCGGAGACGAAGAGGGGCAAGUGGGUUUGCGAGGAGGAAAAAGGAGAAUGCCAAUUGACAUGCUCACCCGGAUUGGAGCCAUCUCAUCCCGUUUCGCUAAAAUGCCACUGUGUCGGCGAAAACUGCGCUUAUCGACUCACAUCUGGAAGCGAGAGCACUUUUGCUCCUCCAGAAGACUUCGAGCGUGAGCUGGGCUUUUCCUGCCUCGAGGAAUACGAGUACUACGAUCAGGAAGAGGAGCCGAAAAUGGACACUUGUGCAAAUUUGCCUGACGUCAAGGAUGGUCAUUGGCGGUGUGACAGUGGAAGUUGCACUUUGUGGUGCAGUGAUUCUCCAUCAAUAAACGUCGACUGCGUCAAUCCCGAUUUGACUCUAGAAUCUCUCGAGCCGCUCAGCUGUUCCUCCUUCGCCUCCUUUCAGAAAUCCCCUCGUUCUCACGAGCUCCAUCGCCUUAAAUAUCUGGCGAAAAAGAAAUAG